AAAUGUAUUUUGACAUUUGACAGACGAUGGUCGAGAAAAUGUAUUCGAGAAAAAAAUAGUGAAAUAAAUCAUUUAAUUAGUAAAUUACUUAUUUAACUUAUAAUACUAGUAAGUUUUAAAGUACACGUGUACGAUUGCCAGUGGUUUUAUUGUUUGUUGUCUGUCAUCACAAAACAAUAUUUGGUUUUACAAAAAUAUUUUUGCUUUAGGGACACGUAAGUCUUUUGGUCCGAUGCGUUACAUUAAAUUGUGAAAAUGACGCGUUUGGAACUGUAUAUUUUGUGUUUGUGUGUUGUGUUAUCGGCUAGUGAAUUAUUAGGACCUGAGGCGCGUAAAAAAAGUGAGAAAAAUGAUGAGGACGAGGAAGGCAGUGAGGGUUCUGAUACAAAAUACAAUUCGGUCGACGCCGACUACUUCAAAGAGCUGAAGGAUGCUAUGAAGAAGGAGGAGAUAGUGCUACAGGAGUAUGCUGAUGCUCUGAGAAAUGCCAGAGAUAUUCCUAAAGAUGAAGACCACAAAGAAACUCAUUUAGACCAAAUGGAGUAUACUCUGAAACUGCUAAAGAAGAGCCUUCUGAGGCACACGGAGUCAGCCUGGAUACAUGAUCCCAAGUCCACUGAGAGCUUAGAAGGGGAUAUUGAGAAAUUGGAGGAGAACCCUCAAGAUAUCCUGGAUACUCUGCCUCCAUUGCCCGAGGAACCAGAACCUGAACUAUCACCAGAGUUAAAAGAAGCCAAAGAAUUGUAUGACGCGGCGAUGGUGAAACUAAACAGACGGUCUCCGGACCUUCGCGGAGCCAUCCUCCAGGUGAAGCAGGCGGCAGACAUGGGCUACGUCCCCGCCAAGAUCAAGCUGGCCUGGUCCUACCUGUUCGGAGAAGGCGUAGAACUGGACUUGGAAAAGGCCAAGAAGAUCUUUGAGGAACUGACUGUGGAAGGAAACGCUGAUGCUCAUGCUGGCAUGGGCUUCCUAUACGCGACCGGUAUCGCAGUCCCGGUGUCUCAGGCCAAAGCGCUGGUGCACUACACGAUGGGAGCGCUCGGGGACAGCGACUUCGCACAGAUGGCGCUGGCGUACCGCUACUGGAGCGGCAACACUGUGCCCAGCUCCUGUCCCAAGGCCAUGGACUUGUAUAUGAAGGUGGCUUCUAAAGUGGCAAGUCAGGUGACGUUCAGCGGUGGGCCUGCCAUCCAACGCACGCGACUCAUCGACGAGGCGGAGGGCGGCGGCCCGGGGACCCUGGACACAGACCUCAUCGAGUACUACCAGCUCUUGGCUGAGAAGGGAGACGUGCAGGCUCAGGUUGGUUUGGGCCAGCUGCACUUCCAAGGCGGCCGUGGUGUGACUCUAGACAUCAACAAGGCGCUACACUACUUCCAACAAGCUGCCAAAACUGGGAACGCUGUUGCCAAUGCAUUCUUAGGCAAAAUAUACUUAGAAGGCGGUGACGGUAUCAAGGCAGACAACGAUACUGCUCUGCGGUACUUCAGGAAAGCUGCUGAACUCAACAACCCUGUUGGACAGAGCGGAUUGGGUAUAAUGUAUCUGCAGGGUCGCGGUGUCCCGAAAGAUACCAAUGCAGCGUUCAAGUACUUCACAAUGGCGGCCAAUCAGGGAUGGGUCGAAGGACAGCUGCAUCUCGGAUUCAUGUACUUUGGCGGUAUCGGCGUCCGGCGCGACUUCAAGCAAGCCAACAAGUACUUCUCCCUGGCGUCGCAGACCGGCCACGUACUGGCGCUGUACCACCUCGGACAGAUGCACGCGCAGGGACUCGGCGUCAUGCGCUCUUGUACUACUGCUGUCGAGUUGUUCAAGAACGUGUGCGAGCGCGGCGGGUGGGGGUCCCGGCUGAUGCUGGCGCACGCGGGCUGGCGCGCGCGGGACUCCGACUCCGCGCUGCUGCAGUACCUGGCGCUGGCCGAGCGGGGGCUCGAGAUCGCGCAGACCAACGCCGCCUUCUUGCUGGACAAUGGUGAGGUCCGCCUAUUCAGUGAGUCGGAGCGUUGGGCGCGCGCCCUCCAGUUAUGGUCCCGGGCGGCGUCCCAGGGCUCCGGCGCCGCGCGCGUCAAGCUGGGAGACUACCACUACUACGGACUCGGGACACAACAGGAUUUGGAGGCUGCUGCUUAUCAUUAUAGGAUAGCGUCGGAGCAGCUGCACAACGCGCAGGCGACGUUCAACCUGGGCUACAUGCACGAGCGCGGGCUGGGCCUGGCGCAGGACGCGCACCUGGCCAAGCGCUGCUACGACCUGGCCGCCGAGUCCUCGCCCGACGCGCGCCUGCCCGCCGCGCUCGCACUCGCGCGCCUCAACGCCGCCACCGCGCUCUCGCAGAUACUUGACUCAUUCUUUCAGAGUCCGUUGGCAGUCAUAUUCCUGACGGAUUCGGCGCUGCUGUCCAAUUGGGACCUGUACCUCAUCACGGCACUCCUCGGGGCUCUGGGCGUAGUGGUAUACCUUCGGAGGCCUACCCAGCAACCUGCCAACUAGUCCAGGAUAGAGGAACAAGACUCCAGUAUAUAUGAGUUUAAAACAUUUACAUGGAGCAGUUUAAUUGUAGGUCUUUUCUUACAAUCUCCGAUGAAAAUUAAUCUUAUAUUAUUACCAAUUUGUCGGUGAUUGUGAGAUUUGUCCUAGUAAAGGCAAUAAUUAGGUGUGUUAACAUCAAAUAUAGUCUAUUGGAUUUUCUACUACAUAUAAUGAAGUAGUUUUUGUAAGUUUGUCCUGCUUAUUAUUGUAACUAAGCUGUUAAAACCAAAGAACCAUGUUAUACAGCUUUAGACACGCUUUUUUGGUGUAAGAUCUCUCUUUAGAGCUUAAGUUAAUCCAUUAUACACUCAAGGACCUUAAAAACAUCACUAGCGCCAUCUACGAAGCGCAAAAAUGCACAUCCUCAUUAAGAUUUCAGCUUUGUCUAGUAUUAAAGUUUUGUAAGUCUUUUUCUAUACAAUUGUACAAAAAUAGUGCCUCCAUAGUUAUUGCUUUGAUGGUCAAUUGAAUUGUUCCAUGUAAAUGGUAUUGUGACAGAGAAUGUGAAGUGCAGUGAUGACAUGUGAUGACAAAGAAAGGUGUACAUAGUGAAUUUGUAUUAUGUAAAUAAAAUGUGAAAAUGAUUUAAUUAUUA